AUGGAUUCCAAUAUCUGGCUCCGCAUCUCACGGCAUUUAGGAACGCUUCUUUACUACAUCGUAUAUCCUGUCAUUCUGCUCCUAUGGAGCCUUUCGUCGCUUCUGUUAUCACUUUUCGGAACAAUUCUGGCCCCCUUCGUGUACGUUGGAGGAGUGAGUCUCUACGUGAUUGGCGCUCCUUUUAGAUUUCUUGCAAAGUUUGAGCCUCUUUAUUAUUUCCUAGGAUAUGCAGUGUUGAUUGGUGGAGUUGCUGGUCUAUUGCUUUGCGUCACGUAUCGAUCCAUUGGGCAGAUCUUCGACUUGUCAAGCGACACAGGAAGAAAAAGCGAGUCACCCAAGUUCAAAAGAUCAUACUCAGCCGAUGUGACUCCGGAUUCGGACUCAACAGCAUCUGAAGCCCCCCGCGGGAGCAAACCUCGUAACCAGCAGUCAGAUAUAUCUGGCAAACACAACAACAGAUUCACAUUGAGCGAAUUCUAUGCUGACUGGAUGGAUCGUGACGAUUUCAUACCAUCGAAAGAGUCCGGGAUAAUAUCGUCGACAAUCAUAGAAGAAGAGGAUGACAGCCAAGAGUCUUGGGAAUAG